UGUAACGCAAGUGGUGGUGUACACAUAUCACACACUGUUUAGUCAUUUAGUACGCGGUUUUAGACGCACCCAUACGUUAAGUUUGGAUAGAAAGUCUACUUGGUUCAACACAAAGCCAGUACGAAACGUGGACUUCUGUAGUGCACUGUAACGAGGAAGUAACGUGAAGUAACGGCAAACAAUACCGAUUUCAGCGACUUGGAUGACCGACAUCAUUUGUGGGGACAUCGUAUCUUCACUGAAGUUUUUUUUCCCUUAAUAGAUGAAAGCAAGGAGAUGAAGAGAGAAGUGAGUGCUGCUGUGACCUUCCUGAAACGCAUGGCCUUGGAGCGAGGACAUGUUGAUGAAAGCAAGGCCAAAGUGUUCGCCACCAAACUGCAAGAGCUGUUGUGUGAGAAGUACACAGACCACUGGUACCCAGAAAAUCCUAACAAAGGACAGGCAUACAGAUGCAUCAGGAUAAACAAGUGCACACCAUGUGAUGACUCUGUGCUACAAGCCUGUGAGGAAAGCAAGCUAAGGCCAUCAGAGCUGGGUCUUCCCCGUGAGAUCACAUUAUGGAUUGACCCACUUGAGGUGUCUGCACGGUCAGGUGAAAAUUGCAGGCAUUUCACCGUGGCUCAUUUCAGUGAUGAAGAGGGGCAGGAGGAGCAAGAAGAUAAGGAGUCCAACUUGAAUCUUGAAAGCUCAGAUUCGGUGACUUUGGAGACAUCAGACUAUCACUCGGCAACCUCCUCCGAUUGUGGCUCGGAUGACUCCAGUGAUGCAGAGGAGGAGAUAAAGGAAGGAGAGGUGGGGAGAGUAAAAGAGAAAGUGAUAGAUGAGAAAAGGGGUGAUGACAAGCCUUUUGCAAUCGCUAUGAAGCCCAGGGUGAGGGAGCCAAAGCCACGGAAAAUCCCCACACCUCAGCUUGCAGGACUUCAAUACUUCUACCACCCAACAGCAGUGUGGUCUCAGUAUAAGAAGAAGAGUCCUGUGAUGCUCACGGCAGUGUGCACUCCCCCACCUGCUCCUGUUCUCGGCUACUACGUUUUCCAGAACCCUCCACCACAGUUCAUCAUGCCUCAUGCCAGUCUUCAGCCCUGGGGGGCAGCCAAAGGGUAGAAAAGCACUAAUAAAGAUGAGUACAAGAUGGUAUGAUACCCGGUGAAGCCUUUCCAAUUGAACUGUUUUUAACCCUCGUGUUCUGUCUAUUACUUAGCAAUGAAUUUCCCAAAAUAUAAUAGAAAUCAAUAUAGUAGUAAUAGCAUAAUUUGAAAUAUCCAUUUGUAACUUAUCAUUAUGUUAAUAUAAACAAUAUGAAAGAAAUAACAACAAAAACCCUUCACACAUAAGCACAUGUGCAAGUGAGAGAUUGAGGCCAUGUGAUAACAGCUGAAAUCAACUUUUUGUUUUAUAUCUUUUCUACAAACUGUAUACAUAUACACUUAAAUUAGUGUAUAUUUUAUACAUUUGUUACUGUUACUAUCUGGGUGUAGUCUUUAUAGUAUAAAUAACAUAGAGUAUAAGCAUAAUUUUAUAAUGGUUAGUGGACCUUUUUAUUAGACCAUCUUGGCUCAAACAGAACAUGUGGGUUGAUCAUUCAUAAUAACAUACUGAGAUAUUUAUAAAUGAUUUAGAAUAGAAAUAUCAUAUAUGAUGAUAAUGACAUGAUAUGUUGUAAUAGCGUUCUUUAUGUUACAUGUGAUCCUUACAGAAUUAAUGACUGAACCAAGUAAUUCUAUUUGUACAUGUAUUUUUAGCCUAACCAUUUUAAUCAGGGACCACAUUGUACGGUGCAUAAAUCAUAAUUGUAAUGCAACUGUGCAAGUAAUAAGGUUAUUUUCAUUUGCUUAUGUAAAGUGUCAAAAUAUCUUCUUUGGGAUGACAUUUAAUAACAUUAAUAAAUGUUAUCAAAUUGUGUCAAAUCAGGUCGGUUAAAAAAGACAUACCCAAAUUAUAUGUUCUCUCUGGUAUGUCAGUCUAUUGCCUUUAUUCUUUGCUUUUAUGCAAGUGCAUGGUUUGAAUCCAAAGAGUGCAAGCUAGGCUGCACUAAAAAUACUGUGACCUUUGUGCAAUACAUGUAGUGCUGUAGCUCACAGUUCACUGUGACAAAAUAUUUCUCAGGAUACUGAAUUAACUGCAUAAAAAUGGACCAUUGUGUAAAUGAAUCAUAGAAAUUCCUUUAUAAUGGUCAUUGUGUGCAGUGUUUCUUGUGCUAAUUUCUGUCACUCACUUCAGAGCUGGUAGAUGUAGUAGUUGCUGUGUGUUGCCAAAAGCAGUAUAUAUUGUGCCAUGCUUAGAACUUUUUUUUUGCUUUUCAUAGCCACAUUAUUAUAAGAUUGUGAUUUUGUACAGUCCAGAACAUUUCUUAGCUUCGUAAGAAAGCCAUGCUUUAAACAAUUGAAUCAAUAUUUUAUGCAAGACCAAUUUUUACAAUCAAGAAUAAUUAUAGUCUGACGCUGGAUUUUGCUGUUGUAAAUUGCUUUGAACACUGAAAUUGUAAACUUUGUAUUUUUUGAGUGACAUUCUCUGUUUGCUACUUUUUCUCAUGUAUUUCUUAUUUACCUUUCACUGCAACCCUAUUUAUUUCUGUUAUCCAUCAUGUAUAUUUUUAUUGCAAUAAUACUUUUUAAUAAAAAAUUUUUACACCUGA